UCUCUUGCAGGUGCUAGCUCUGCAGCUCCUCAGAAGGCAGACCCAGUGAGAAGGAUGAAGACUCCCCAUGCAGAAACGAAAGGGGCAAAUAAGAGCAUCCCUGAAUCGAUGCAGAAGGCUAUGGAGAUUCGUCGUUUUGUGAAGACAGUGGACGAAAUGGAGAACGAGACAGGUGCUAGCUCUGCAGCUCCUCAGAAGGCAGACCCAGUGAGAAGGAUGAAGACUCCCCAUGCAGAAACGAAAGGGGCAAAUAAGAGCAUCCCUGAAUCGAUGCAGAAGGCUAUGGAGAUUCGUCGUUUUGUGAAGACAGUGGACGAAAUGGAGAACGAGACAGGUGCUAGCUCUGCAGCUCCUCAGAAGGCAGACCCAGUGAGAAGGAUGAAGACUCCCCAUGCAGAAACGAAAGGGGCAAAUAAGAGCAUCCCUGAAUCGAUGCAGAAGGCUAUGGAGAUUCGUCGUUUUGUGAAGACAGUGGACGAAAUGGAGAACGAGACAGGUGCUAGCUCUGCAGCUCCUCAGAAGGCAGACCCAGUGAGAAGGAUGAAGACUCCCCAUGCAGAAACGAAAGGGGCAAAUAAGAGCAUCCCUGAAUCGAUGCAGAAGGCUAUGGAGAUUCGUCGUUUUGUGAAGACAGUGGAAGAAAUGGAGAACGAGACAGGUGCUAGCUCUGCAGCUCCUCAGAAGGCAGACCCAGUGAGAAGGAUGAAGACUCCCCAUGCAGAAACGAAAGGGGCAAAUAAGAGCAUCCCUGAAUCGAUGCAGAAGGCUAUGGAGAUUCGUCGUUUUGUGAAGACAGUGGACGAAAUGGAGAACGAGACAGAACUUGGGACCAAGAUCCGCAGUGUCCAAGAGCUAAUAGAUUUUUAUCAACAUUUAGGUAAGUAUGCAGGAUCCCACUCUUCUUUACUGUGGUAUUCCUGGGGAACAUCUAAGGUGGGUUGUAUCACUGUGGACAGAAGUGAGCUCCUCUGGAAUCUACUCCUCUGAGCUAGUUUGACACAGAAGCCCUUCCAGUCCACAGCAGACUGAGACUGAGUCCACUGAGGCUUUGGGAAGGGAUGGAUUUGAUCCUAG